AUGGGCGCUUGCUUCGGUGUCCUCGAGCUAUGGUUCCCUCGUCGAAUUGGAGGACGUUGGGAACUCCGGGGGGGCCGGGGGGGGGUGGAGUCGUUGAUGAGGCUCGUGCAUUCCCAAAAGGAGCUUUUUCACAGCCAGAUCGAUCAGCUUCAGAGGAUUGUCGUCGCCCAAUGCAAGCUCACCGGCGCCAAUCCCUUGUCUCAGGAGAUGGCUGCUGGAGCAUUAUCAAUUAAAAUCGGUAAAAGACCUAGGGAUUUGCUCAACCCUAAAGCAGUAAAGUAUAUGCAGUUGCUUUUCUCAAUAAAGGAUACAUUUGGGAAGAAAGAAUUACGUGAAAUCAGUGCUCUUUGUGGGAUAACAGUUACACAGGUUAGGGAUUAUUUUUCUAAUCAGAGGUCAAAGGUUAGAAAGCUUGUCCGCUUGUCGCAUGAGAAAGCAUCUGAAUGUGAUGAAUUCAAGUCAACUGUUGAUGAAUGCUCUGUCAGUCCCAAGCAGUUGGUACCUGCAAGCAAAGACAUACCUGCUAGUACGUCUGAUCUUAGUGUUGUUGGUGAUUAUACACAUCCGCCUGUCUCAGGGAACAGUACUUAUGUUUGUACCCGGUCUCCAGCAUUUCCAGAAAAUGCUAUUUCUAAUUCUUCACAGCUCCUUGGGAACCCAAAUAACUUCACUCCAAUUUGUCCCCAGAUUCUUCGGGAAUUUGAAAAUUUUACAACUAUGUGUACACAGGCUCCUGGUUACCCGGGAAAUGUUAGUACAGUGCCUUCGCAGGUCCCUGGAUACUCAGGAAAUGUUAAUACUGUGCCUUUGCAGGUUCCUGGAUACUCAGGAAACUUUACUAGUUUAUGUGAACAGGUCCCUGGGACCUUAGGAAACUUUACUAGUGUAUCUGCACCAGUUACUCGAAAUUCAGGAAAUGUUAAUUCUGUAGCUACACCUGUCUUUGGGUACCCUGGGAUAGUUACUUCUGUUCGUACAUUUGUUCCUGGGAGUUUGUUGGAUGUUACCCCUAUUCAAGAUGCUCAACCGGCUCCUGUGAAAACUGAUCCCAAGCCUGUGGAAGGAGGCCCUUCAUGUUCAUCACUAGAAGAAGCUACUCCUGGUGUGGAUUCUGAUGAUAAAAUGUUUGUGGAAGACAUUUUCAAUCUAAUGAGAAAGGAGCAAACUUUUUCUGGACAUGUGAAGCUUAUGGAGUGGGUUCUAAAAAUUGACAAUCCAUCUGUUUUGAGCUGGUUUUCGACCAAAGGUGGUAUUAGCAUUCUAGCUACGUGGCUCAGUGAUGCAGCUCUUGAAGAACAGACCACUGUGCUUCUUGUCCUUUUUAAGGUCCUUUGCCACCUUCCACUACAAAAAGCUCAGCCAGCACAGAUGUCAGCCAUAUUGCAAACUGUUAACACAUUGCGGUUUUACAGGAACUCAGACAUUUCAAACAGGGCAAAAGUCCUGCUGUCAAGAUGGAGCAAAAUGUUUGUGAGAACUCAGCGAAAUAGGAAUUCUCUCAAGAAUGGCCAAAGGAAGAUGAAUCAAAAACAAAGGCCCAAUGGGAUAGUUGAUGAUGUGUCAUGGGAAUCAAAACUUGAUAUUCCUGAGGAUAUUCUUGCGCUCGCACAAAGUGCUGAAGAUAGCAGGGAAACUGAGCCUAAAAAGGCACUGAAGCUGCUUACAGAUUCAAGUGAUGGAUCAACUAGAAAGCAUGGCCUGAGUGUCUCUGCUACAAAAAACAAAGAACGUAGGAAAGUUCAGCUGGUUGAGCCUGAUAACAAAGCAGGAAGAAGUGGGCCAGCAACAAGAGCAGUGCCUUCAAACAAUAGCCGUCCGAUGUCGACUGAUGACAUCCAGAAGGCAAAGAUGCGAGCAAGCUUCAUGCAAGAAAAAUAUGGGAAAAGCAAUAGUCCUCCAGCCACUGAGACUACUCCGCCGAAAACCGAAGAUCAUAAAGCCCCUUCUGAGAACAAAACGCCUCAGCUUCCUCAGCUGAGGAAAAAUGAAGUCAAAAAACCUCCAGUGCUGGCGUCAAAAAAUUCAUCACAUAAAUCAGAGAAUAUUAGAAAUUUGACACCUCAGGAACAGAUGUUGGAGAAAAUUAAGAAGAAUCAGAUCCAAUGGCGUAUGCCUCCAGAGGUUACGUUAAGCUCUACAUGGAGAGUAGGCGCAGGAGAGAACAGCAAAGAAGUCCAAGGCCAAACUGAAAGAAACAAGAGAGGAAAGGAGACGUUCUAUCAAAAUCCCCAACAAAUCCCUCCCAAUCCAAAAGAUCCAUGGGACGUCGAAAUGGACUUCGACGACAGUCUCACCCCCGAAAUCCCCAUCGAUCAGGUGCCGGAUUCUGACACCAUGGCUGUUGAAGACCAGCCUUCCACCUCUGCUGCUCCGGUGACGACUGGCGAUGUGGACCCACAGACUGACGCUGAGCUUCUCCAAGUACUUCUCAAGAAUCCAGACGUCGUAUUAGCACUUACAAAAGGUGAAGGGAAGAAUUUUAGUGAUGAACAGUUGGUAGCGCUGCUCGAUAUGGUGAAGCAAGCCGGAACAGGCUCAGCCGGUCUCCUUAAUGGGCAUGCGGCCCGCGUGCCCGAGCCUGAACCGGAACCAGUCUCUCUUCCGUCUCCAACACCUCCUUCAGAUGCCGCCAGGAUAACCGCUUGGAGAUCAGAGUUCCCAUCCCAUGCUACCACUUCAUUUUCACAAUCUCAGUUUGUUCACAGUUCUCCGACGAUUCCUACCAUUUUGCCGCCGACCCCAUCUCCGGUGAUGCCUACUGCCAUUAACCAAGCUCCGGCGAUGGUCACGGUCAACCCGCAUACAAAUUCACUGCCAACAAAGCAACCGUCGUCAUUAUAUAAGCAACCGUCAUUAUAUACCCAUCCAUAUCAGCAACAAAGCCGAGCUCCUGAGACUAUGAUAUCGUCAAACCAUUACCCAGUUAACCAUCCUCAAUUGCCGAUAUAUUCUCAGCCUAAAACUCCCGCCAUCUAUCCGGGCAACACGGGCACCAACUCAAACUACUAUGCUGACCCCAACCCUAACAACUACAACGUUAAUAGUCAUAGUAUAUAUCCUCCUAGGAGAAACGAAUAUGCGGCUAGGGGAGGAUUGGGUAGUUGGAGCCCUGAGGAUAGCCCGGCUGUGGUCAGAAACUCGUCACAUGGACGAGAUUAUUAUCCGGAGUUUGAUCGGAGCCGAGAGUGGUCGAGGCAGAGGCAGUGGGAUUCCGGCCACCGGAACCUGUACCCGGGUGGUGGUGGACGGAGCUGGCGGGAUCGUGACCGAGGUCGAUAAUUAUGUAAAAUUGAAAUUGUUGUUAGAUUGACAUAACUAAAGGGGUUUCUCUUUUGUGAAGAGAGAGAGAGAGAGAAAGAAAGAGUAGAGAUGUGAAUAGGUGCUAGAAGUGAGAAGGGAAGGGAAAACAAUUUUGGAUGGGAAUCAUUGAAAAGAUUAACCGUGGCA